AUGUCAGGAUUAUCGAUUCUGCUCAAGGUCCUCAAAUGGUCUGUUGCUGUAGUAGCUUUGCUCUCUUACAAAACCGUCCCGUUUGCCUAUUAUUUCAGGUUCUACAGUAUCGUUAUCAAGAAUUUGAUCUUCCCCUAUAGACGAUGGAUCAAAGAAGGGAACAGAAAGCCUCACAGUGAACUAGAUGUGUUCCAUACCACUAAAAUUUCAACGUUCGUGUCCAUUUUUGAGUGUGAUUUCUACCUACACAAGUCCAAUUCAACCUACUUCGAAGAACUCGAUAUUUCAAGAACUAAUUUGAUGACCACCGUCUUCAGAGACCUUUUCUUCAAGUACCAAAGAGAUGCCCUUGGAGGAUCCAAAAAGGACUCUAUUUUCAACUGGCCUUACAUCCCUGUUGCCACUGUGUCAGCAAGUUUCCACAGACAACUCUCCCCCUUUGAAAAGUACACAAUUGAAGAUGGAAUUUUGUGCUGGGAUAACAAGUGGAUCUUCAUCCUUUCCAGGUUCAUGAAUAAAUCGAACAAAGUAUGCACGACCUGUGUGACCAAAUACGUGCUAAAGAACGGAAAGAGGACCAUUCGUCCCAAGGAUGCGUUGACUGAUAUUGGACUUUGGAAUGAAAAAGUUCAACAAAUAUCCCAAUCCCGUCUACAUUUGAUAGAAAGUUACGUGGAUCAAUCGGAAUUAGAAACAUUAGAUUUGUCUCACUGA